AUGGUCAAGUUUGGACGCCACCAAAAGUUCUUUGUCGAACAUGAACAUCAUCUCGAUAAUGCCUUUAUCGUUCCCUACAACGACGCAAAGUUGGGUAUCGAAGAGGAGCAUGUCUCACGUCCCGAAUUUGAGGCUCAAUGGCACACUUUUCUUCAAAAGGCAACGGCAGAAUUUGACCUUUUGUUGAAACAACUUUGGCGUCAAGUCUUUUCCGCCGUGUGCGAACAUGACGAAGCAAGAGGAGCUCCACCCGAAAAGGCUCUGGUGCUCUUUACACAGCUGGCACCGGAUACACUCGUUCUAGAAGUGGCGGAACGGUUCAAGGAUUUACGUGCCAUUGCCUUGUUGAACGCAGAAGCACUGCGAAAGCUGGUCAAAAAGUUUGACAAGGCACACAGGCAACACGUGAUGAGCGAUAGUGCGACACAAGAGCAAGACGCGGAAUCAGACACCAACAAGGGAGUCGCAACGUCACUAUCGGUUAAACUGCUUCCGGAAAUCUAUGCUGCAAACUUUGUCAUUGGAUUGACGGCAUUGCAACAAGGAAUUGAUCUCCUUCGAUCAGAAUUAGGAUUAGGAGACCAUGUAGCUCCUGAUGAAACAACAACGACAACAACCAGCACAACGGCGGAAGAACCUGUUGCUCCUUCUUAUCAGGAGGAUGACAAAAGCCACAACAAGAACCAUACAUUCAGUAGGCUUACCAGAGACGACAGGAAAGAUUCACAUGCUGAACACGAUCAUCUAGUCGACAAGAGACGCCAGGAACUACUCUGGUUGCGACAAUCCGUGGAACGUAUCAAUCAGUUAGGGCUGUUGCCCAAUCUUGUGGCUCAUCGUGGAUUCCAUUCACCGCAAGAUCGGUCCGAUCGGCGACCAUUGGAGAAUUCCCUGGAGGCAUAUGAACGUGCUUGGUCUAGUGGCAUUCAUCUAUGUGAAUGCGACAUUGCACUCACUCGAGAUGAACGACUCAUUCUGGCGCAUGACGAAGACUUUUCACGGUUAGCAUUGGAUACGUCCUGUGAGAAAUCGUCUCGGAAUGUGCGAGAUUUGACCUUUCAGGAAAUCAUGGGCUUGGCACUCAAGAGUGGUUCGCGGCCUCCCCUCUUGUUGGAUGUACUGCAGAGCGCUCAUGCCAUUGGCGGACAAUCGCAACUCAUUAUCGAAAUCAAACCUGGAAAUAGAGAAGCGGCAUCAGCGUUGACAAGACUCUUUGGACAGCAUCCCUAUUUAAUGGCCCAUUGUGCGGUAGUCAUGUCGUUUGAUUCCUUUGUCGUGCAUUCUCUGCAGGAAGAACUGGAUGCACGCUUUGGAAGCAGAACGGAGAGAGGCCAAGCAAGCAAUAGCUCAUUCGGUCACCGGCGAUGUUACAGCAUGGGAAUCUUCCCCAGUCCAGUAAUUGAACAGGGCACCAAAUCAGCGCAACAAUCCAUCAAAUACGAACGACCCAAACUCAUCGUCCUGACUGUCAGUGAUGUGCCGAAAAGAGAGGUCGAAUUGCAAGUCUCUAUUGGCGAGCAAGAGGAAGAAGUGCUCAAGAAAAUUCGUGGAUGGGUCAAAGGAAGGUUGGAUGGAGUGUAUCUACAGUUUGAACCACAGAUGCUGACACCAGACGGUGUUCAAGUGUUGCAAAAGCUUGCUAGACGCUACCACGUGGGAGUCUGGGGUCACAACGGGAGAGAUCCCGAUGAUUAUGCCACCUUUAGCAAGUUGGUACAAGAAGGGAAAGCCUCGUUUGUAAACACGGAUCUACCAAGAGACUAUUUUCACAGCCACGAGUCGAGUCGACAUGAGCAUUCUUCCGAACGACUGUAG